UCGAAGUUCCAUUUCCCGAAUUAAAGGCAUAGGCACUGCUUCGGCGACAACAAAUGGUUAGAUUAAAGGAUCGUAUAGCCCGACCUCAUUCCUAUAAAGCUGGUGUGGGAGGUGCAGCACCCCAACCUUGAUCCUGAACUCCCCCACAGCCUUUCUCCCGAUCGACGUUUGAACGCCGACAAUGGAUAACUCCGGAACCAGGAAGGAGAAAGAUAUCUUCGAGGGGUGACUCACCGGACAAGGCCUAUUCAUAGGCCAUGGAAUAAGAAAUGGAGAUUCUGAAACACGUAAAGCAGAAAUGGGUAAAUCCACCAAAUUUCAUUGUACCACCUGUUGAAGGUAUUGCUGGAGGGGGCACUGGUUACGGGUGGACUGAUGGUGGUGUUGAGUGCUCCAACUUUGGCAGAGGUGUUAUUGAUCCAACUCAGAUUCCAUCAGCAGACUUGUUACAAGUAUGGUGCAUGCCUAGCACAGCAAAUGUUGGCGAGCAAGACAUGCCUCGGCCUUUUGAUCAUGUCUCUCUUUUGGCGGCAAGAAAUGAAAAAGAGAGUGUUCAGAUUGCUAUGCGCCCCAAACUUUCAUGGGCCAGUUCAGGCAUGGCUGGCACUGUGCAGAUUCAGUGCUCCGAUCUCUGUUCUGCUGCUGGUGAUAGGCUGCUAGUUGGUCAGUCCUUGACCAUGCGGCAUGUGGUCCCGAUCCUUGGUGUGCCUGAUGCUCUUGUACCUCUUAGUUUGCCAAUCAGUCAAAUAAAUCUACUUCCUGGAGAAACAACAUCCAUCUGGGUCUCAGUUGAUGUUCCUGCUGGGCAGCCACCUGGUCACUAUGAAGGCCUGAUUCUCAUUACUGCUUUGAAGGCUGAUGCAGAAUCUUCUGCACAUACACUAGCUAAAGCCGACAAGUACAAGUUAAAUAGAGAACUAAAAAACUGCCUUGAAUUGGUUGAACCUGUUGAUGGAAAACCAUUAGAGGAAGUGGCAGAACGAUUGAAAUCAGCUACCUCAUCUUUGAAGAAAAUCCUUCUGUUGCCUGUGUUCCAUGAGUUUUAUGAAGAUAAUGGAUCAUGUGAUAUGAUGGAUGAAGAUGCAUUGUCAAAUAUUUCAAUUCAUUUGAAAAUCAAUGUUACAGUUUGGGAUUUUACUCUUCCAUUGACACCUUCUCUUCCAGCUGUAUUUGGUGUAUCUGAAACUGUAAUUGAGGAUCGCUUUGGUGUGCAACAUGGGAGUGAGGGCUGGUAUGAUGCAUUAGAUUGUCACUUCAAAUGGCUUCUUCAGUACAGGAUAAGUCCAUACUUUUGCAGAUGGGGUGAUAGCAUGAGAAUUUUAGCUUAUACUUGUCCAUGGCCUGCCGACCAUCCAAGAUCUGAAGAAUAUUAUUCUGAUCCAAGAUUAGCUGCGUAUGCUGUACCUUAUGCUCCCAUUCUUUCAUGUAGCAGUGAGGCAAGAGAGUCUCUGCGAAAGGAAGUUGAAAUCUUGAAGUCAAAGCAUCAUUGGCCAAAAGCUUACUUCUACUUGUGGGAUGAGCCGUUGAAUUUGGAGCAGUAUGAAUUGAUUCGUAGCAUGUCUUGUGACAUAAGAUCUUAUGCACCUGAUGCACGUGUUUUGACCACAUAUUACUGUGGACCAAGUGAUGCACAACUGGGAUCAAAUACCUUUGAGGCUUUUGUUAAAGUUCCAAAGUACUUGCGUCCACAUACUCAAAUUUUCUGUACUAGUGAAUGGGUUUUUGGUAACCGGGAGGACCUAGCUACUGAUAUUAUUGCUGAAUUACAGCCAGAAAAUGGCGAGGAAUGGUGGACAUAUGUGUGCAUGGGUCCUUCCGAUCCUCAACCAAACUGGCACCUUGGAAUGCGUGGAACACAACACCGAGCAGUGAUGUGGAGAGUUUGGAAAGAAGGUGGAACAGGAUUUCUUUAUUGGGGUGCCAAUUGCUAUGAAAAGUCUCUUGCCGCCAGUGCUGAGGUAAAAUUUCGCCGUGGUCUUCCUCCUGGAGAUGGAGUUCUUUUCUAUCCUGGUGAAGUCUUCUCUUCAUCACAUGAACCAAUUGCUUCAAUCCGCCUAGAACGCAUUCUCAGUGGAAUGCAGGAUAUUGAAUAUUUGAAGCUCUAUUCUUCACGUUUUGGAAGGGAUAAAGGCUUGGCUCUUCUAGAGAAAACUGGAGUUUAUCUUAACCCAGAACGCUAUACACUCGAGCAUUCUCCGAUUGACAUAAUGCGAGCUGAGAUCUAUCGCACAUGUGGAGCCUAGAAAAUGCUCGGUCAGGGAAUAAAGAUUGCACAACUCAUUUCCUGCUCCCUUGUCCUUUCUUGACAUUUUUGGACAGGCGAAGUGGAUAUCCUGUUCUAUAGGUGUUUUGAUAUUUUUGCUGUAAGGUUAGUGUAGAUAAGAAAUAUUAUAGGAAGGAUACCUGGAACACUAUUUACAGAAGCCUGUAUAUUCAGAUAUUCUUCAUGUGAAAUUCAAUUUGGGAUCGCAGUCGUCUUCUGUUUGUUA